AUGCGUCCUCCAGGGGAGUGGGCCAGUGCAUGGCAACUCACCGGACUACCGGACCCCUUGUCCCGUCGCGAAUGGGCAGGAACCAAGGAGGAAAUGGCGAUCAUCAGCGGCUACAUGAACUCCGUGCACAAGCUCAAGAAAAGGAUGAAGGAGGCGAAGGAGGCGCGGGUAGGCUAUAAGCAACUGGAGGACGUGAGGUCCUGCGCUGAUGGCUUGCUAGGCGAAGUGAAAGAAUUCGUUAAAGACUUGUUUUGUGUAGAGGUGAUGCAGAUGGAGGGGGGAAGACAGACUUUGGAAGAAGCCCUCCAGAUGCUUCAGAUGAGUCACGCAUGCUAUGGUGCCCCAGUCACCUCUGCAAAAGCAGUGUUGGAGAAGGCAGUCUUAAGUGAUCUCAGCCGGCUUCGGCGACCGGAGCAUUUGUGGAGAGAGAUCGUGCCAGCUUGCCAUCGCGUCCCUGUGUCCGAAGAGGCACGGCUGAUGGCAAAAUUGUUAGCAAACGGAAUGGUUUCGAUUUUCCCCGAAUCUGACCUUCCCAAAGACUCCCAGGGACGAUUGCUGACAGGAGGCUUCUUUUGUGUAAAGAAAAACAGUAGUGAGGACCGUUUAAUUUUUGAUCGCCGCCCCGAAAACGCGACCAUGGACCGGUUGGAUUGGGCUAAGCUUCCGGCCGGAGCUUGCUUCUGUCGAGUUCUUUUGGAGCCAGAUGAAUUUUUACGCGGCUCUGGAGACGACCUGCGCAAUUUUUACUAUUCACUGCGACUCCCUGAGAACUGGAAGAAGUACAAUGCAGUAGGCCGUAGGUUACCUUCCUUUUUGGUCAAGCAAUAUGGGGGCGAUCCGAACGUUCCUCAUCGAGCUGUGAUGCGUGUGUUAGGCAUGGGUGAUACCAACGCAUGUGAUAUUGCACAAGGGAUGCAUGAGUUUGUCUUGGAACAAUUUGGCUUGCUGGGAAGUGAGUACAAGUUGGUGUAUGGACAACAUGUGCCGCAGGGCAACCUCCUUGAGGGUGUUUACCUGGACGAUCUCUUGGUAGUUCACAAAGUGAAGGAAGUAGCCACCAUACCUUUACACAGUCCCUUCGUUGCCCCGGUGCCACAGGAUACAGAUCCGGAUGUGGUGCAUGUCGCAGCUGCCGAAGCUGCGUAUGCGGCAGCGGGCCUGGAACGGGCCACCCACAAGAGCUUUCGGUUUCAGACUUCCUUCAAGGCCUGGGGGGCUGAAUUGGAGGGCGUCAAGGGCACCGUAGGUGCCCCAUUGGCCAUGAAGCAACAAGUGUGGUGGUUAUGGAACAGAGUGGUCUGUUUGGGUGAGGCUACAAAGUGUAUUCUUCAGAAGCUUCUGGGCUAUACGUGUUUUAUUUUCCAAUAUAGACGGGAGUAUUUUUCUCUGAUGCAUCACAUCUUCAAGUUUGUCGAUGGUAUGGCAGAUGACAGUGUAAUGCGCAUCCCGUCGCACAUUUUGGAUGAAAUACGUUCAAUACAGGUGCACUUUCCUUUUGCAAAGUGGAACAUGCGAAGAUGGCUGGAUCAGUCAAUUUUGGCAACAGAUGCAACCCCCACCUCUGCGGGAGCCACCCGUGCGCUUGCAUCUGCCCGCCUUGCCCAGGAGCUGUGGAAGCGUUCUGAGAUUCGCGGGGAGGCAGUACGCCUUGACCGGAGUGAUGGGGGAGUAGAGCUUGCAGGUCUGGAGGAACCCAAGGAACCUUCGCGCUUUGGAAGUGCUAUUGCAGAGUGCUUGCCUUGGACAGUCACAGCUAGCUACACGUUCAGGCAAACGUCACAUAUCAACCUUCAAGAAUGUAGAGCUUUGAAAAAGGAGAUCAUCCGGGCCUCAGCAGACCCUUCGAAGAAAGGGAGUGUGCAGAUCUGUCUUAACGACAGCCGGGUAGUUGUUGGGGCUUUUGCUAAAGGCAGGUCGUUUUCCUUUAAGUUGAAUGGUACACUGAGAGGGCUCCUUCCGUAUUUGACAGUCAGCAAUAUUGCUUUGGCUUUGCUAUGGGUGGAGACGGAGUCCAACCCCGCCGACUACUCUUCACGCUUCAAGCCUUUGCCUCGGCGCCAUACUCCGCCCAAGUGGAUGUGGAAAUAUGACCUGCAGUGGUGUUUCCCCCCAGGGCUUGAGGUCUUCCCAGGCGCAAGGUGUCUAGCAGAAGCGUGUUUGAAAGGUGGUAUUCCUAUGCACAGAGCGGUAGACGAUCUUUGGGGGUUAGAUGUCUUUGACAGCUGGAUAGAUGAACUAAUCCUUUCUGGCCGGGUUGGCUUCGUGUGGCUGGCGCCGCCAUGCUCUGGAAGAGAGCUAGGUGAUGCGUUGUGGAAGCGGGCUCUUGCUUUAGCACAACUGGCCAUUUCGGUGGGUAUUCCGUUUUUCCUUGAGCGACCUGCUAAAAGUAAAGCGUGGUUGAUGGACGAAACCCAAGCUUUCUUGAGUCGGACAGGACAUAGGCUCCAUCAGGUACAGUGGUGUGCUUAUGCAGACCAUGAACGUAAUGGUUGCCCU